UGGGGACUGGUAGGCGUUGGACAGGCAGUUGAAGCGGUCGGCGAUGGACGCACUGUACGCCCAGAAGAACGAAGAGUUGCAGAAAAAGAUUCAACAGAAACACGACGAAAGCGCGCGAAGACAUGAGGAGAGUUUGGCGCAAAUCCGUCAGAAAGCACUGGAGCUGUCCGUCCGGAAGUCCUCCACCGUUGGCAACGACGACGCGCCGGUAUGCGAACCGUACGACACCUGCAAAAUGUGUCAGUUGUGUCAAGUGAUGAUCAAAUCGGAGGUGUUUUUGUUCGGACACUUGAGAGGUAAGCGACACAACGCCGCCAUAUGCGAGCAAAACGGUGGUAAAGUGCCCACGAAUGAGGAGUUGGAGAACUUUAACGUGAAAUACAUAGUGGAGGCGCCGGUAGACGCGGACAAGAAGUCCAUUCAGAGCUGCGAUAACGAGAGACUGAAAGCCGCGCGUAAGAGGAGUAAGAAAUUGAAGCAACGAUUGGCCGCAAAAGCGGUUCAAUUCGAGCAAAACGUCGGCCAAAAGGGUUCACAACCGGCGCUGUCGUCCAAAAGCAUUCAAUCCGUGAAUAAGAAUAAGAUUUCGAAGAUUUUUAAGGACUUGUCGACACUGAGCGCCGACACCCAAAUCACGGGCCACUGGCCCUCGAAUAUGACUCACAGUUUGGAGCGGAAUCUGAAUGAAUUGGAAAAACUGUUUCGCGGGAAAGGCGUCACGGAUUCGCUGUAUUUCCACUCAUUAAACGGCACCCAAUUGUUGACCAAAAUGUUGUCCCGCAUUACGAACGGCACGAAAGAGAGGCCGACGUCCCUAACGGACCGCUCGAACGCCAAGUUGGCCGCCGUUUACGAACUGGUAUGCAGUCAGCACUGGGAUGUCAGCGACUAUGUCCUGCAGUCCAACCUCAUGAUGGAGUUGUUGGACAUACUGUGCCAUCGGAUUAACCUGUUGGACACGACACUAAUCAGUACUACCGGUCCCACGACCUGCGAUACAGUGGUCGGCGCCUUAUGUCAGCUCUUGUCGACCAUUUUCGACACACUUUACGCCCAUUACUCGAGACUCGUGGACCCGACUGACGACUGUCUGGCGUUUAAUCACUUGAUUCAAGACGUGAUCAGCUAUAUCGUGAGCGUCGGUAUGAUUGACAAGUUGUCGCUAAUGAUGGUCAACACGAGGAACAGUAUUCGGGAACCGAUAGACGACUGUCCGGAGAUGACUCAGUGCUGGCGAAGCAUUAUAUCGCUGUUCAGUUCGGUCUCCAAACUAAUGGCACUGAAAGUGGAGAACAGAUUCGGCUCUAAAUUGGCUGAAGACGAGACACAACUGAUGCUGACCUUCCAGAUGACACACAUCUGUGGUGUCGUGUCUCUGAUAUAUGGUGUGCUCUUGCAUUCGGGAGCACCGGUACGUUCCGAUGGUGACGCCCCA